AUAUUUGGUUGACGUUCAACCUUUAUUAACGGAGGGGCAGCCUGGUGUUAACCACUGGAUCCAUCAUUUCAUCUGACAAGGCUGACAGUCAAAGCACACAUCCCAGUUUGAAGUGAAGUGACACUGCUUCAGUCUAAAAAUGGGGGACGCUGCCAUGGCAGAGUUUGGGGCUGCUGCUUCUUAUUUAAGAAAGUCAGAUAAGGAGCGUCUGGAGGCCCAGACUCGUCCCUUUGACAUGAAAAAGGAGUGUUUUGUUCCCGACCCUGAGGUUGAAUAUGUGAAAGCAAGCGUCACAAGCCGUGAGGGUGACAAAGUCACCGUCAACACUGAAUUUGGAAAGACUGUCACAGUGAAGGAGUGUGACGUCCACCCUCAGAACCCGCCAAAGUUUGAUAAAAUUGAAGACAUGGCGAUGUUCACCUUCCUCCAUGAACCAGCUGUGCUGUUUAACCUCAAAGAGCGUUACGCAGCAUGGAUGAUCUACACCUACUCUGGGCUGUUCUGUGUGACUGUCAACCCCUACAAGUGGCUGCCAGUCUACAACCAAGAGGUGGUUGUAGCUUAUAGAGGAAAGAAGAGGAGUGAAGCUCCUCCUCACAUCUUCUCCAUCUCUGACAAUGCGUAUCAAUACAUGUUGGCAGAUAGAGAAAACCAGUCAAUCCUAAUCACUGGGGAAUCAGGAGCUGGGAAGACUGUCAACACCAAGCGUGUCAUUCAGUACUUCGCCAGCAUUGCUGCUGUCCCAAGUGGGAAGAAAGACGCAGCAGCUGAAAAGAAGGGUACCCUGGAGGAUCAAAUCAUCCAGGCCAACCCUGCUCUGGAGGCUUUUGGGAAUGCCAAGACCAUCAGGAAUGACAACUCAUCCCGUUUUGGUAAAUUCAUCAGAAUUCAUUUUGACAACCGAGGAAAGUUGGCCUCAGCUGACAUUGAAACUUAUCUUCUGGAAAAAUCUCGUGUGACCUACCAGCUCAAAGCUGAGAGGGAUUACCACAUUUUCUACCAGAUCCUGUCUCAGGUGAAGCCUGAACUACUGGAGAUGCUGCUCAUCACCAACAACCCCUAUGACUACGCCUUCAUCUCCCAGGGAGAGACCACAGUGGCCUCCAUCAAUGACUCAGAGGAGCUGAUGGCUACUGAUGACGCGUUUGAUGUGCUGGGCUUCACCCAAGAAGAGAAGAACAGCAUUUAUAAGCUGACUGGUGCUAUCAUGCAUUAUGGUAACAUGAAGUUUAAGCAGAAACAGAGGGAGGAGCAGGCAGAGGCUGACGGCACCGAAGAUGCUGAUAAAGUGGCAUAUCUGAUGGGCCUGAACUCUGCUGACCUGAUCAAAGGUCUCUGUCACCCAAGAGUCAAAGUGGGAAACGAGUGGGUCACCAAGGGACAAAAUGUUGCCCAGGUGUACUAUGCUAUUGGUGCACUGGCUAAGUCAGUGUACGAAAAGAUGUUUCUGUGGAUGGUCGUGAGAAUCAACAAUUCCCUUGACACGAAGCAGCCCCGCCAGUACUUUAUUGGUGUGCUGGAUAUUGCUGGGUUUGAGAUCUUUGAUUUCAACACCUUUGAGCAGCUCUGCAUCAACUUCACCAAUGAAAAACUGCAACAGUUUUUCAACCAUCACAUGUUUGUGCUGGAGCAAGAGGAGUACAAGAAGGAGGGGAUUGAAUGGGAGUUUAUUGACUUUGGAAUGGACUUGCAGGCUUGUAUUGACCUGAUUGAAAAGCCCAUGGGCAUCAUGUCCAUCCUUGAAGAGGAGUGCAUGUUCCCCAAAGCAUCUGAUGCCACCUUCAAAGCGAAGCUCUACGACAACCACCUGGGAAAAUCCAACAACUUCCAGAAGCCCAGAAUCGUCAAAGGAAAACCAGAGGCUCAUUUUUCAUUGGUUCACUACGCUGGAACUGUUGAUUACAACAUCAACAACUGGCUGGUGAAGAACAAGGAUCCUCUGAAUGAGACCGUUGUUGGACUUUUCCAGAAGUCGACUAUGAAGCUUUUGAGCAUUCUCUUUGCAAAUUAUGCUGGAGCUGAUUCAGCUCAGGAUGGUGGUAAAGGCAAAGGUGGGGGCAAGAAGAAAGGUUCAUCCUUCCAAACUGUAUCAGCUUUGCACAGGGAGAACCUGAACAAGCUGAUGACCAACCUGAGGUCCACUCACCCUCACUUUGUGCGCUGCAUCAUCCCCAACGAGACCAAGACUCCUGGGGCCAUGGAGAACCCUCUGGUCAUGCACCAGCUGCGCUGUAACGGCGUGCUGGAAGGCAUCAGGAUCUGCAGAAAGGGAUUCCCCAACAGGAUCCUCUACGGAGAUUUCAAGCAGAGAUACCGCAUACUGAACCCAAAUGCCAUCCCUGAGGGCCAGUUCAUUGACAACAAGAAGGCUGCUGAGAAACUCCUGGGAUCUUUGGAUAUAGAUCACAACCAGUAUAAACUGGGUCACACCAAGGUAUUCUUCAAGGCUGGACUGCUGGGUCAGCUCGAGGAGAUGCGAGAUGACAGAUUAGCACUAAUCAUCACUGGCAUCCAAUCUCGGUCACGAGGCCUUCUGGCAAGAGUUGAAUUUCAGAAGAUUGUUGAACGUAGGGAUGCUCUGCUUGUAAUCCAGUGGAACAUCCGUGCCUUCAUGGGGGUCAAAAAUUGGCCCUGGAUGAAGCUCUACUUCAAGAUCAAGCCUCUCCUGAAAUCAGCAGAGACUGAGAAGGAGAUGGCCAACAUGAAGGAGGAGUUUACCAAACUCAAAGAGGCUUUUGCGAAAUCAGAAGCCCGCAAGAAAGAACUGGAGGAAAAAAUGGUCACUCUGCUCCAAGAGAAGAACGACCUGCAGCUCCAACUUCAAGCUGAACAAGACAACCUGGGUGAUGCUGAAGAAAGAUGUGAGGGGUUGAUCAAAAGCAAGAUUCAGCUGGAGGCUAAAAUCAAAGAGCUGACAGAGAGGUUGGAAGAUGAGGAGGAGAUGAAUGCAGAGUUGACAGCGAAGAAGAGAAAGCUGGAGGACGAGUGCUCUGAGCUCAAGAAAGACAUCGAUGACUUGGAGUUAACUCUCGCAAAAGUGGAGAAAGAGAAACAUGCCACUGAGAACAAGGUGAAGAACCUGGUGGAGGAGAUGGCAGCUCAGGAUGAAAUCAUCGCCAAGCUGACCAAAGAAAAGAAAGCCCUGCAGGAAGCUCAUCAGCAAACACUGGACGACCUGCAGAGUGAAGAAGACAAAGUCAACACUCUGACCAAGGCCAAGACCAAGCUGGAACAGCAAGUCGAUGAUCUUGAAGGAUCCUUAGAACAAGAAAAGAAAGUUCGCAUGGACCUUGAGAGAGCAAAGCGAAAGCUUGAAGGAGACCUGAAAUUAGCUCAGGAGAGCCUCAUGGAUUUGGAAAACGACAAGCAGCAACUUGAAGAGAGGCUGAAAAAGAAAGAUUUUGAAAUCAGUCAACUGAAUGGUAAAAUAGAAGAUGAACAGGCAAUGAGUGCCCAGCUCCAGAAGAAACUGAAGGAGUUGCAGGCCCGCAUUGAGGAGCUGGAGGAAGAGCUGGAAGCAGAGCGAGCUGCUCGAGCCAAGGUGGAGAAGCAGAGGGCAGAUCUGGCCAGAGAGCUGGAGGAGAUCAGCGAGAGGCUGGAGGAGGCCGGAGGAGCAACAUCUGCUCAGAUUGAGAUGAACAAGAAGAGGGAGGCUGAGUUUCAGAAGCUCCGCAGAGACCUUGAAGAGGCCACUCUGCAGCAUGAAUCCACGGCCGCUACCCUCAGGAAGAAACAAGCCGACAGCGUUGCUGACCUGGGAGAGCAGAUCGAUAACCUGCAGAGAGUCAAGCAGAAACUGGAGAAGGAGAAGAGCGAGCUCCGGCUGGAACUGGACGACGUGGUCUCCAACAUGGAACAAGUUGUCAAGGCCAAGAACAAUUUGGAGAAAAUGUGCAGGUCGCUGGAAGACCAGAUGAAUGAAUACAAAACAAAGUCAGAAGAGGGACAGCGCACCAUUAAUGACUUCAGCAUGCAGAAAGCAAAGCUUCAAACUGAGAAUGGUGAACUUACAAGGCAGCUUGAGGAAAAGGACUCCCUGGUGUCUCAACUCACCAGAGGAAAACAGUCCUACACUCAACAAAUCGAAGACCUGAAAAGACAACUGGAGGAGGAAGUCAAGGCCAAGAACGCUCUGGCCCAUGCAGUGCAGUCUGCUCGCCACGACUGUGACCUCCUCAGGGAGCAGUAUGAGGAGGAGCAGGAGGCCAAAGCUGAGCUGCAGCGUGGCAUGUCCAAAGCCAACUCAGAGGUGGCUCAGUGGAGAACCAAGUACGAAACUGAUGCCAUCCAGAGGACCGAGGAACUGGAGGAGGCCAAAAAGAAGCUGGCUCAGCGUCUGCAGGAUGCUGAGGAGGCUGUGGAAGCAGUGAAUGCUAAAUGCUCCUCUCUGGAGAAGACCAAACACAGACUGCAGAAUGAGAUUGAAGAUCUCAUGGUGGAUGUAGAGAGGUCUAAUGCUGCUGCUGCUGCUCUGGACAAGAAGCAAAGAAACUUUGACAAAAUCCUGGCAGAAUGGAAACAGAAGUAUGAAGAGUCUCAAACAGAGCUGGAGGGCGCUCAAAAGGAAGCCAGAUCUCUGAGCACUGAACUUUUCAAACUGAAAAAUUCUUAUGAAGAAUCUCUUGAACAUCUGGAGACCAUGAAGAGAGAGAACAAGAACCUUCAGGAGGAAAUAUCUGACCUCACUGAACAAAUUGGAGAGAAUGGAAAGAGCAUUCAUGAGCUUGAGAAGAUUCGAAAACAGCUGGAACAGGAGAAGUCUGAUAUACAGACAGCUCUGGAGGAGGCAGAGGCCUCACUGGAGCAUGAGGAAGGGAAGAUUCUCAGAGCCCAGCUGGAGUUCAACCAGAUUAAGGCUGAAAUUGAGCGUAAGCUUGCAGAGAAAGACGAGGAGAUGGAGCAAGCAAAGAGAAACCAACAACGAAUUGUGGACACUCUGCAGAGCUCAUUGGAUGCUGAGACUCGCAGCAGGAAUGAGGCGAUGCGCCUGAAAAAGAAAAUGGAGGGAGACCUCAAUGAGAUGGAGAUCCAGCUGAGCCAGGCCAACAGGCAGGCGGCCGAGGCCCAGAAACAACUGAAGGCUGUCCAUGCACAUCUCAAGGACACUCAACUCCACCUCGAUGAAUCUCUUCGAGCCAAUGAUGACAUGAAAGAGAACAUCGCCAUCGUUGAACGACGCAGCAACCUGCUUCAGACCGAAGUGGAAGAACUGAGAGCUGCUCUGGAGCAAACGGAGAGAAGCCGCAAACUUGCUGAGCAAGAGCUGCUGGAUGUCAGCGAGAGGGUGCAGCUCCUGCACUCACAGAACACCAGCCUCAUAAACCAGAAAAAGAAGCUGGAGGCUGAUACAACCCAGCUUCAGUCAGAAGUGGAGGAUGCUGUGCAGGAGUGUAGGAAUGCAGAGGAGAAGGCCAAAAAGGCCAUCACUGACGCUGCCAUGAUGGCAGAGGAGCUGAAGAAAGAGCAGGACACCAGCUCUCACCUGGAGCGCAUGAAGAAGAACAUGGAGCAAACCAUCAAGGACCUGCAGCACCGUCUGGAUGAAGCUGAACAGAUCGCCAUGAAGGGAGGCAAGAAGCAGGUGCAGAAGCUGGAGGCCCGGAUCAAAGAACUGGAAAACGAAGUGGAGGCUGAACAAAGAAAGUCCAGUGACUCCAUCAAGGGAAUAAGAAAAUAUGAAAGACGGAUCAAAGAGCUGACCUAUCAGACGGAGGAGGAUCGUAAGAACCUCGCCCGUCUGCAAGAUUUGGUGGACAAGUUGCAGCUGAAGGUCAAAUCCUACAAGAGAGCUGCUGAAGAGGCUGAAGAGCAGGCCAAUGGUAAUCUCGUCAAGUUCCGUAAGAUUCAGCAUGAGCUUGAUGAAGCUGAGGAACGAGCAGAUAUCGCCGAGUCUCAGGUCAACAAGCUCCGUGCCAAGAGCCGAGAUGUGGGGUCAAAGAAAGGACACGACGAAGAGUGAAGCUCACAGAUGAAAUUCCUGUUUCUGAGGCACCUGCUUUCUUAUUUGUGUCUCCUUAUGCAUGUUGGUUGUUCAGUAGAAUAAAAUAUAUGUGCAUCUCA